GUGGAAGAUGAAGAGCAAUGCGACUGUGGCUCACCAGCUAAGUGUAAGUCAGAUCCAUGUUGCCAAUCUAAUUGUAGGUUGAGUCCAGGUGCCACUUGUGCUUUUGGACAGUGCUGCACUAAGUGUCAGUAUCUUCCAGCUGGAACUAUUUGCAGAGCGAAAACUAGCAACUGUGAUCUUCCUGAGUACUGCAACGGGUCAUCACAAUUGUGUCCUGAAGAUGUUUAUAUGCAAGAUGGUGCCCCAUGCAAUAGUGCUGUACACUGUUAUCAUGGGAAUUGCGCUACUCACAGUGAGCAGUGCAAAAUGAUCUUUGGCAAGAAAGCAUCAGCUGCUUCAGACAAUUGCUUCAAAGUAAUGAAUGCUCGUGGUGAUCGCUUUGGCAACUGUGGCCUGGGACUUGGAACUUACAAGAAAUGUAAUGCUGAGAAUGUCCUGUGUGGGCAAAUCCAGUGCGCUAACGUGCAGACACUUCCUUCUUUGGUGGAACACCGCACCAUAAUUCAAACCUUAAUUGGCAGUACCCAAUGCUGGGGUGCAGAUUACCACUUUGGAAUGGAUAUAAUCGAUACUGCAGCAGUGAGAGAUGGCACCCCUUGUGGGACUGGCAUGUUGUGCAUUAGUAGGGAAUGCAAGAGCAUGUCCCUCUUGAAGUAUGAUUGUAAUGUGUCAAAGUGCCAUAAUCGGGGGAAAUGCAACAACCACAAACAUUGUCAUUGUGAUUAUGGCUGGGCUCCUCCUGACUGUCUCAAUAAAGGCUACGGUGGCAGCAUUGACAGUGGACCAGCUCCACAAGGCAUGAGUGGUACCGUGAUAGCAAUUAUUGUAGGAACUGCAUUUUUCAUUUUUGCUGCUAUUGGCCUGACUUUGUUUUACAGGACUAUACUGCUAUAUCACUUAAGAAGACUGAUUUCAAGAGUCCAUCCAAUAGAAUCAAUGCAGGAAGUAAGCACACAGUAG